CGAGUGCGCGAGUCUCUGCCACCCAGUCGCAGCCCUUCAGGAAGGCGAUACUGCUAUUACCUCCUGUACACCUGCAGUAAUCUCUCGUUACUCCCUCCUCCUUCACUCUCCCGCUUUCUCUCUCUCUCUCUCUCACACACCCACUCGCACGCACGCUGACACACACACAGGGCUAAAGCAACUGCACUUCUAAGGAGAGAACCGAACGCCAUUUGACUGGAAAGACGGGCAAGGGUUGACAUCUCGGCACACACACACACACACACACACACACACACACACACACACACACACACACACAGAGAGAGAGAGAGAGAGAGAGAGAGAGAGAGAGAGAGAGAGAGAGAGAGAUGGCAAGGUCAAGGCGCGGAAGGAGGAGUGGGAGGCGGAAGCGGAAGAGGCGAAGGGGCCCAAAACGCGCCUUGCCCCCCUACAUGUUCUUUUGCAAGCAGCAGCGAAAAUCAGUCAUCGAGGAGCAUCCGGACGCCUCCUUCGGCGACGUGGGCAAAAUCCUUGGACAGAAAUGGCGCCGAAUGUCCGACGUAGAAAAGAAGCCGUUCCUAUCAAAGGCCGUCAAGGACAAGAAGAGGUAUCGCAAGCAAAUGCGCAAGAGGGCGAAGAAGCAAUUGCGCAGACUGGGAGGGAGAGAAGGAUGGAAGACCAAGAGUGUGGGACGACAAGAGUGCUUGGCGACGUCGCGAGAUGUCUCUGUGGGCAAGUCAUAGCAAACCAAAUCCGUCGGCGUGUUGCCAUAAUGGUGAACCAAAGGCUAAACGCACACCAAGGCGACAAACCAUACAUUCGUGCGACGACCAGAAUGACCAGAAGGAGCCGAGGAGGGACGCAUUCAUUGUACAUAGACGCGAGGGAUAUGAAUCAAGUCAACUCAACUCAACUCGUGCAUCUUCCAUGAAUCGUGAAGCACAAGCUGUCUGCACUGAUCUAGCAAGUUCGAACUGACGGGGCAUAAAACCAAUUUAAUUUACCAAUUAAAGCAAAAGCACCACUCGUAAUAGGCCGAAAACUCUAUGGCGCUACGGCACAGACAGUGUCAGACACUACAGGCGGACGACCUUCCUCUUGCGGGGCGGCGUGCUACCUACUACCUAGGACAUCACCAUGGUGCCAUGGUGGUCACCUUGGGCCCCUUCCCAAGUGCUUGUCUGAACACUACCCUGAGCCACGCGGGCUGUCCUGCCACCUUGUCAUGUAGUGUUUCUACACCUCCGUUAUUUAUUGCACAUUUGUUAGCUAGGUAUUUUAUUUCUUUUAUAUAUGUAUAUAUUGUUUUCAAGGGUAGGGGGCAACAUGCAUCCCCUUUAUUGUGAGAAGUAGCUAUGCUAUGCUUGCAGGGGUACCCCGUAUAGGCUUAGGAGUAGUGGUAGGGGUCGAUAGUGAAAGGUGAAAUUGAGAGAGGAAUAUAGCUUAGUUAAUAGAUCGAUUCGAUGGGCAGACUGCCUUGUACAGAUUUGCAGCAUUGCUGUAGAAUUGCUUUGUUGUCAAGGGCACUGUUUAGAAUUGUUCGUCUGAUUGCGUCUAGAUUCGAACCUGGGUCCUUGUUUCAACAGCUCCAUUGGUUGUACCAACUGAGCUGGUAUAGGCCCAUCUCGGUGCCACAACAGUGUGUGUUCGCCCCAACAUUAGAACAACAAAAUCGAAUAAAAGAGCAAUGCCAAUGCCUCCUCGUUCAUUAGAAGCAGGGCCUGGCCCACUACAGAAAAUUCUACAUGCAUUUGGACGCUUUCAAAUCGUUGGACUCGUCCGAAUGCACCUGGUCCAGAAAGCGUGCAGAUGCAUGCAUAAUAUUGAGUACUGGAGCCACGAGCGGAUAAGAAAAAAUGACGAAGAGUACCUAGACUAGUGGUGAUGCAUCAUCUCGUUGCAUCGAUAGGGUACAACAGAAGGAGAAGAUUUAGAGCAUUGUGAGAUGAAUCAUCAAACUAGAUUUGAACCGUGGAGCCUUCCCCUAAAUUCAGCGUGAACCAACCACCCAAGCCCAUAUGGCUGAAUGCUACAUCGAAUCAUCGAUGAACUGUUGCUAUACGGACCUGAGUUGGAAUCGUUCGUGUGAUCAGUUGAAUGGAAAACCUGGGGCAUAUCAGUUUGAUGAUGAUACCUCAAGGCCGUCACCAUUUCCGGGGAAAGAAAAAAAAAAAAAAAAAAAAAAAAGGAGUUCAGCGUCAGCAGUGGAGGAACGGAUAAGCCUGUGCUGGUCUAAAGAGGAUGCCGUGCUGUCUACCUAGUACCCACCGUUUCCUUUGAUAGAGCGCAUGUUAAGCAUCCAUCAGGAGCAUAAUGAGCAUGAGGUCUCAGUUCUGAGGCGCAGCAGAAAAGUACGCGGGACAAAGGCAGGGAGGAGGGGGGUGUCUUCUGAGGGGGCUUACACAAAAAAAAAAAAGUAAAAAAAAAAGUGAAAGAAGUACGCGGGACGCGGGCUCGGCCUAUCAUCCUCAAGGCUGUCGCCUUUCAAAGUGAAAAAGCCAAAAACAGGACACCCCUUGUGGAUAUCUUGUUCGGAAGCAGCCUCGGGGAUUGUGACAACGUGUGGGACUGAGUACUAGACGUAAGUCACGUAACGGAGCAGCAGCGGCGUAUCUAAGCAGGCUAAGCAGCUGCUAUGUCCCCAAGGAGAAGGACCAGACGUGUUUCCUUCAUGCAGGCGAAACCCAUUACCUUCAAGCCGAUUUGCAAAAGCCACGACAGCUGCACCCGGGUCUGGGCACUGGUCGGUCAGGAUACCAGUGUUUACCACUGUG